AGGAUGUAUAUAUAGUUAGUUGGGCUCGAACCGUGGAACGUGCAGUAAGAGGGACGCCACUUUUCAAAAAAAAUCGUCUCAUGAAAAACGAAGCAACAAUCAAAUAAAGGCAGUGCAAUGUCUUUAAAAAUAAGGAUAACGCUCCUUAUUGGAAUAAUAAGUGCAGCGGUUUCUCAGACAGCUUAUUACAAUGAAAUCGAACACAGAUGUCCUAAGCCAUGGAUCAUGUUCCAAGACUCCUGCUAUCGAUUCAUAAAAAGUUUUAGGCCAAGAGAAGAUGCCAGGAGAAAUUGUCUAGCUUACCAAAGUGAUUUGCUUUCCAUCAACUCUCUUGAUGAACAUGGCAACAUACUUCGUGAAUUGUUUCUACAAGAUCCGCAGCAUCGAAAAUGGUACACUGGAAUAAAGCUGCAAGGUGCCUAUUGGACAAACGAAGAUGGCACUCAGUUGAUCAACAUGGAAAACGCAUUUUUACCUGAAAAACCAGAUAAUUACUAUGGAAAAGAUUAUCUCGUCUAUGGGUACAGCGAAGGCCUGAAACGUUGGGGCUUGGAGAAAGUCAAUGGACAGGAUGCUUAUUAUUAUAUUUGUGAAGCACCUGCUAUCAACUUGCAGUAUCUACACACAGAUGACCGUACUUAUCAGUACGGUAUUGAAAUUAAUGAUCCAUUAAAAAUACCAAGGGGUCCUACAUUUACAAAGCAGCCAGAAAAUAAAGUUUUUGAUGUCACUAAGAGAGUAGUAAAUAACGAUGUAACCUUAAGUUGUUUAGCAGAUGGGUACCCAACACCUACAUAUGAAUGGUUUAAAGAAGACUUUGAAAAUGACAGAUUGGUUUCCAAAAAAAUUGAUCCAUUAUCUCAUAAUAGAUAUACUAUCAGUGGAGGAACUCUUAUUAUUUUCUCUCCAAAUCAGACUGAAGAUCGUGGAACUUAUCAUUGUAAAGCAACUAAUAAGUUUGGAACCAUAAGAUCAGAAAGUGUUGAGUUGUCCUUUGGAUACAUUCUGGAAUUCAAUCUUAAACGUCCAGAAGAACGAGGUGAUGAACAUUGGGGUAAAGCUGUUUAUUGUGAUCCUCCGCAACAUUUCCCAGGUGUCAAAUAUUACUGGGCAAGAGAAGCAUUCCCAUACUUUGUAGAUGAUGAUAAUGAAAGACUUUUUGUAUCAAAUGAUGGUGCCUUAUACUUUUCAACUCUUGAAAAGAUUGAUCAAGCCAACUACUCUUGUAACGUACAAAGCACUGCCUCUGAUACUGGUCGUAAUGGACCAUUCUUUCCACUUUAUGUCAGUCCACAUUUGACUCCUCAGCAUCUCAAAUUCCCAAAUAAUUUCCCAAAGAUAUUCCCUGAAGCCCCAAUUGCUGGUGACCAAGUUAGGAUGGAAUGCAUAGCUUUUGGAUUCCCAGUGCCUUCUUACAAUUGGACGCGAUUGGGUGCUGAACUGCCUCGCGGUUCUUAUCUGACGAACCACAACCGUGUUCUUAUCAUUCCUAAGGUGCGCAUCGAAGAUCAAGGAGAGUAUGUCUGUCGCGCCCGCAACGAGAAGAUCUCUAUCAAGAACUCAGUCUACUUGUCGAUCCAAGCUGCGCCCAAUUUCACAGUUCCCUUGGACGACAAACAUAUGGACAACAGAGGUGAGCUCACAUGGGUAUGCGAAGCUUUCGGUAUUCCAGACGUUACGUACAACUGGCUGAAAAACGGCGAGGUUUUGGAUAUGUACACCAUUCCGCCUGAGGACAGAGACCGAUACUUUAUACAAGACAACGUACUGAAGAUCAAAUCGUUGGAUCCUGAGAGGGACGAAGGCAUGUUCCAGUGUGAGGCUAAGAAUCAGCUCAAAACAAGAUAUUCAUCAGCUCAACUGAGAGUUUUGUCGUUAAAGCCAUCGUUUAAGAAGCGUCCGCUGGAGCCUGAGACUUACGCUGCUGAGGGCGGUAAUGUUACGUUGAUUUGUAAUCCAGAAGCUGCGCCCAGACCAAAGUUCACGUGGAAAAAGGACGGUAACGUGUUGGGAAGCGGAGGCAGAAGGCGCAUUACCGAUACUGGCAGCCUAAUCAUCAGUCCUGUUUCUAGAGAUGAUGAGGGCACUUAUGUCUGUCAGGUUUCGAACGAAUACGGCAAUGACGAAUCGCGUGGUCGAUUAAUUGUUCUGAACGGACCAGUGUUGAUCGAGUCGUUGCCGCCUACUAUCAGAACUGCUGUCAAUCUCAAUCAAACUUUGCGCUGCAUGGCCUACACCGACGAGAUGCUAGAUGUUGCUUACAUCUGGAUGCAUAAUGAUAUGCGCAUACGCGAUAAGGAUCUCAAAGCCAACCCUCAUAUCGUAAUAAACGGUGGUCAAUUGGACAUUAUCAACGCGACAUUUGCUGAAGCUGGCGAUUACGAGUGCAUCGUGAAAAGCACUGUAGGCCGAAUUUCCUCGCGCACUACCAUCACAAUCGAAGGCCCACCAGGACCACCUGGUGGUAUUCAGGUGCUCAACGUAGUCAAAACUUCUGUCGAUCUUAGCUGGACGGACGGCGCCUAUAACGGAAGGCCAAUAGACAGAUACACCAUCAGUGCCAAAACGAAUUGGAAUCAGACAUGGUUCAAUCUUACUGAAGAUUUUACAGCAUAUACAAUCGGAGAUAGAAACACUGGCCGGAAGCGAGCACAUCUCGAGAACGUUCUCCGUCCAUUCACCACCUACGAAUUUCGCAUUCAGGCCGGAAAUGAGCUAGGCUACGGUCCACCCUCAUUACCUUCGCCUCAGUAUAGCACACCAUCGGACAAGCCAAUUGUUGCUCCCUCGAACAUCAGAGGUGGUGGAGGCAAGUUGGGCGAUCUGACCAUCAAAUGGGAUCCGCUGAAGUCUUCCGAACAAUAUGGCCCAGGCAUAUUCUACAAGGUGUACUGGCGCCGCAAGAAGGGCGAAAGCGAAUUCCAGUCGCUUGCACUCAAAGAGCAUGGAAAUGUGGGAAUGUCUGUCGUGCCGAUACAGUCUCAGUAUUAUUACACCGAAUACGAAGUUAUGGUGCAGGCAGCUAAUGAUGUUGGGUACGGACCUAAAUCGGAAAUUUUCACCAUUUACAGUGCUGAGGACAUGCCACAGGUUGCACCUCAGCUGGUAACGGCCUUCUCUUACAACGGCACAGCGCUCAACGUAACUUGGAAUCCAAUCGAGCAAACUCGCGAACGUGUUCGAGGCAGGUUGAUAGGACAUCGUAUCAAGUACUGGAAAGAAAACGGUCGCGAAGAAGAUGCCGUAUACUAUUUAUCUCGUACUACUCGUCCCUGGUCGCUCGUCGUCGGUUUACAGCCUGACACUUACUACUAUGUCAAGGUCAUGGCUUACAACUCUGCCGGCGAAGGUCCUGAGAGUGAGCGCUAUCUGCAGAGAACAUUCCGUAGGGCGCCACAGAAACCACCUUCUUCCGUUAAUGUGUUCGGUCGGAAUCCAACAUCCGUGCGUGUCACCUGGCGUUACGUGCAGAAUCCCAACGGUGAGGAGCCAGUCAUCGGUUUCAAGAUUCGCGUCUGGGAAACUGAUCAGGAUAUGAGCACUGCCGUGGAUACUCUUGUACCUCCAGAUGCUAUAGUCGCGAUCAUAGAAAAUCUUGGAGUUGGGAAAGAAUAUUUCCUUCGUAUGUUGGCUUACAGCAACGGAGGGGAUGGACGUAUGUCCAGCCCAGCGCACAGAUUUAGAAUGGGCGACGCUACCGAUUACGGUAAUGACGCGUCCAGGAGAAAACUGGAUUCAAUGUUACUAAUAGUCUCGAUUCUCUUUUUGAAAGUUUGGAAAUUCAUUUAAAAUUAGGCGUUAAGUUGAUGCAUCAUUGAAUGGACACAUGUUUCCAAUUUUCUAAAAACGCGUUUAUUUGCCAAAAAGAUGAAAUUCACUUUUCAGUAAUUUGAAUUGUGUAGAUAGAAAAUGUAUGAAUUAUCGCAAUGUCUAAUUCAACAUAAGAAAGCAUGGCCAAUUCGUAUAUAUAUUUUGAUUAUAUAAUUAUUAUUAUUUUUUAGUAGAGAAAAAACAUACAGUUCAUUCGAUGAUAAACAACCUCCUAAUCAUAAAUGUGAUUUAAACAAACUAAAUAUAGUUUUAAUAGAAACAUCACGCGGUAUACUGCAUUGCAGUAAUCAAUUUUUUUACUAACGCUUAUAUGAAGCACAAUUUUUAAAUAGCAUACGCUGAAACAAUUUUAGCUAUAGCCCCGAUGGCGGAGAAAGGCCUUAAAAUUUCCUUCAUCCUCUAUUAGCGGAUAUGAAACAUUCAUCCUAAUAAUUCACGUAAUUAAAAUCUUAUUAAAGUUACUAUAAUGCGAUAGAUUUACAACUAUAGAUCUGAAAUGAAUCUCUGACAAAAUGCAAUUUAUAUACUAAUAUACACUUCUAUAAAGAUGUAUAUUUUUUAUAAAAAAAAGUCUCUCAAAGAGAACGAAAAUUUUUUAACAUAUAUACGCACAUUAGAUAUUCAUUAUAUCUAGAUUGUUAAUAUUAACAUAUUUUUUAUAUCACUAUGUAGUAUUUUUGGAACCAUGAAUCUCUAAUGGUUGUAUCAUGAUUACCUUAACAAUUGUAAAUAUUGUACGAUUAACGCUGAUAAUUUGCUUCACUAUUGUGCAAAAGAAAUAGUGGAUGUAACAUAAUUAAGACUACUCUAUUUUCCGUCCAGAAAUUCAGGUAAUAAUGUAUUUUAAGAUUUUUACCGGAUAUUAUAUGCAUAGAAAGAUUAAUAAUUUUCUUUAUAAGUAAAUUUUUAUAGCAAAUUUUUUUAUACCGUCCAUUGUGCAUUAUUUUAACAGCUUAUAUAGUAAGCAAUUGACACAAUACUUUAUUAGUAUUAAAAAAAAAAAUAUUGUAUGCACGCGCACUGAAAUUUUCCGAAUCUCAUUUGAAGAUAUUUGCCAUUAAUUAUUAUUAUCUACAUCUAUACGAUUAAGCAUUCUUUUUGUAUCCUUAGUUUAAUUCUUAUCCAGUAUAUAUAUAUAUAUAUAUAUAUUUCGUUCUGUGUAUUAUUGUCUUCAACAUUGUUAAAUUGUAUAAAAAUGAAAACAAAAUAAAGUUUUUUACUUUUAAAACAGAA